UGUGUUACCCAAACCAUACUCAUAUUAUUGACUUUAAGUAUCCAUGAUCGAAUUGUUUCUAGAUGUUUCCCUCCAUUGAAAUACACCCACAACUACACACAGUAGCUGCUUCUUCCACAUCUGCCACUCUUCUUCUGCCAAUGCAAUGGCUCUGAAGACCACUGUUACUCGAUGCUUCUUCCUCUCCAAAUCUAAGCCUCCUUCUUUUCCUCUUUUCAGCCGCCUCUUCUUCCUUUCCUCCUCUCCAUCGCCGCCGUUCUCCGCCGCUAAAGUCUCCAAAUGCCUUUACCCGUUCGCCCCCCUAUCAAGAACAUUUUGCAGCCCCUCCGAAGCACCACCGCCAAAGAAACGGAACCCCAAAUUGGUGAACUUCUCCCUGCCUUCCGACUCCGAGUCCGAUUCUGAGAGCACAGCUGAAAGGACUGCGACGAAAGAAGUCGACAAAUCCAAGCUACCACCACCCUACAACCCGUUCAACAAGAAGCCCGUUGUAGAAGACCCCGAGGACCCGAAGAAUCUCCAGGAAGUGUUCGCUAAAAUACGCGAGGACGGCCUCAUGAGCAGUGCGGUCAAGAUGUUCGACGGAUUGUCUCAAGACGGCCUGACCCACGAAGCCCUGGAGCUCUUUUCCCAAAUCAAGGACAAAGGGCAGAUGCCGGAUGUGGUGGCGCACACGGCUGUGAUGGAGGCGUACGCGAAUGCUGGGCAGGCGAAAGAGGCGCACAAAGUGUACCUGAGAAUGCUGGCAAGUGGGGUUCUGCCGAAUGCUUACAGUUAUCGUGUAUUGAUCAGGGGGCUGGUGGAGAGUGGGGACGCGAAAAUGGUGAAGGAAGCGAAGAAGUACGUGGGGGAGAUGGUGGGGCGGAGAAUGCAGCCGAAUGCGGCGACUUGUGUGGGGGUGUAUGAGGGGCUGGUGAAGGUUGGGUUAGAGGAUGAGGGGAAGGAAAUGCUGGAGAUGUUGAAGGAGAAAGGAGUGGUGCCGGAGGAGAGCAAGGUUAGGGAAGUCUUGAAGAGCAAGAGAGGGCCUGUUUAUCGUGCAGUGAUGAAUGUUUUGUAUGGGAAGUGAAUAUUGGAGUCUUCUCAUUUAUGGCUGCUUUUUGAAAUGAAGGAAAAUUCUAACUCCGGUAAAGCGAACCAAACCUAUAGUGAACCAAAUUUGAUACACAUACCAUGUGAUUAGUUUAACUAUUCAUCUGAUCAUAUGACUAGUAUAUUGCACUUGACAUAUAAUCAAUUCAGGUUUGGUCAAACUCAGUUUGAAUUGAGGUCACAGAGCUUAAAUUUUGUAUUUGCAGUCCAAUAUAUCUUUCUUGUGAAUUAAAUGACUUAAAAUUUAAGUGAAUUGCUCUUAUUUCUUGUGUCA